UUUCUUAAUUGGAAUUGUCCAAAAAAUCGAGGAAUUUACUCUUUCUUCUCUAUUCCACCGCAACAAACCUUAUUCAUUGCAGUUGCAGAGAGAGAGAAGAGAGAGAGAGAGAGAUCGAAGAUGUACGGAUUCACGAGUUUGAGCACGGAGAGUGAUGGAGGAAUCAAAGGUGAUAUAGAGGAAGGAACCUUGUAUCCAGGUCUUGGAUAUGGAGAGAAUCAAUUGCGUUGGGGUUUUAUCCGUAAAGUUUAUGGGAUUCUCGCUGCUCAGAUCCUUCUCACCACCCUUGUAUCCGCCGUUACUGUACUUUAUACGCCGAUCAACGAUCUCCUUCGUGGAAGUCCUGGCCUUCUUCUCCUCCUCGUUUUCCUUCCUUUCGUUCUGCUGUGGCCCUUACACAUAUAUCAGCAGAAGCAUCCUUUGAAUUUUAUUUUCCUUGGCCUCUUCACUGCUUCAUUGAGUCUCACGGUGGGUGUGACCUGUGCUAAUACUGAUGGAAGAAUUGUGCUUGAAGCCUUGCUCUUGACAUCAGCUGUAGUUUCAGCUCUGACCGGUUACACAUUCUGGGCUUCUAAGAAGGGCAAGGACUUCAGCUUCCUGGGUCCAAUACUCUUUACUAGCCUCUUUGUACUUAUCCUGACUGGAUUUAUGCAGAUGUUCUUCCCUCUCGGAUCUACAACUAGUGCUGUUUACAGUGCAAUGAGUGCUAUAAUUUUCUGCGGAUACAUUAUAUAUGACACAGACAACCUGAUUAAGAGGUUUACAUAUGAUGAAUACAUCUGGGCAUCUGUCACUCUGUACCUGGAUGUUCUGAACCUGUUCUUGACCAUCCUGCGCAUUCUGAGGCAGGGAGACAACUAAGUGUGUGGGCAAUGUAACCUGAUGUGCGUGUGAUUGGAAUAUUUUUAAGAUUUUUGCUUUGUUUGUCCAUUAGUAUGGCAGAAACAUGGUUCUAUCGAUAGAUAUCUUUGCUAUCUCCCUACUGGUAUAUUACUUGUAAGUAGCGCUUAAGUUCCAGUGUUUUGAUAAUGUCAAGGCUAAUUACCUGGAAAUUCCAUAAUAAGUGUCAUUGAUGUUUACUGUAAUCGACUCUGAGAAAUGGGUCAGCAUUUACUGGCCUGACAGAGAGCUCAAACAUAGCAAUAUAUUCUUUAGCUUUGAA